GAUUUCCGUUUCCGUAUCGAAAGUGAAAGAAUUUGAGAGAAGUAAAAUGACAGUGAUUUGCUACGAUCUGUCCUUUGUCCAUCUUCUCGUGGUUCGAUCAGACAAAAUUCGUGGAAGAACAGCCGAACAUCGGAAAUGAUGUCUAACCAAAUUGCAACAGGUUCAGGGAUCACCGAAUUCAGAAGUUGCUUGAUAUGCGAAUGCAAAGCCUCUUUGAAGGAGGAUGAAAUUUGUAACGAGUGUCAUGAUGUCAUCAAACAGAUAGAAGGGGAGGAUGGAUGCCCUGCACGCUACACUCAAUUGAUCAACGAAUUCAAAUCACGUCUUGCCAUUAAAGACUCUGAAACAACCUUAAAUAACAGAUCACAUCUGUUUCAACUGCUAAAUGUUUGCAGAGAAGCAAGAAUGAAAACGGUUGACACUCUCAACGAUGCGGCAACUAAAAUUGUUGGACUUUCUUCAACCAAAUCCAGCCUAAACGUGCCUUUGAUGAUGGUGCUUCAAUUGAUCAUACUGUCAAGUGAAGAUAUCUACAAAAAUUUCUACAAAGAUGAACCAAGAAUAUUUAUCAUAGCCAAGAAAUACAACUUGAUAGCUUUGGAAGUUUCUCUUUUCUUCGCUUUCUGUUUCAUAUUCCAAAAGUCCUCAGUGUCACAUUGGUAUCUCGUGUUGAUGGAAUCAGCAGUGCAAAAUUUGGUGAUCACAAAGUUUGCUCUCAUUCUGCUCGCCUUGCCAACACAUGCAGAUGUAACUGGCUUACGAGAAAAUUUGGAGACAAUCAUGGUUUUUAUAGAAAACCCGGUUGGGAUUGUUGUCUAUCUUUCAGUAAUCGUAUUUCUAUUUCCAAAGAAUAGGGAAAAUCAUGACUUUGGUUGUAUGUUGGACGAACUUUCAAGUGCAUUGCAGGAAGAUUUUGCCGUGUGUGCAAAGCUCAGGAUUAUGUUCAUGAGAAGAAGGACUGAUUUUCAAAACGACGAAUUUGAAGAAAAAUGGGAAGUGCCAAAAGAGUGCAGGGACAAAGUUGGUGGAGGAUUUGGGGCAAAAUUUGGCAAUGGCUUCGAGGAACUAAAAGCAUUGCUCGCGCUGAGUGGAAAUGCACCGUGUACGGGAAAAUGCAUCUGCCUUCCUUCGCUGAGAAUUCUUUUACCAUUACAGUAUAUUCCUUGGUCGAUCAAAGGAUUCAUUUUGGAUGAAGCCGCCAGAGGAAUUUCCUUAAAAGAAGUGGCUAAGCAGCUUACAGAAAAAGCUAAGCAUUUGAAGCACUACUUAAUGUCAUCAUGGAGGCUUGAUGGCUAUGUUAUGCAAUAUAAAUGGGAAUGUGGCAAAGAUAGGGAACGUGGCAGAAUGGAGUUUGUUUAUUUGGAUACAGAAUUCCAAUUUCCCAGCAAGAAAGGUAUGCCGUUGCAAAAAAACUUGGAUGACAAGCAACGCUUUGUAGCUGAUAAUUGCUCUUCCGUGGAUGAUUAUCACUAAUCAGACCCCAAUACCAACAGGCUACGAGAAUGAGUGUAUCCACCUUGACGUGGUGAGGUUCUAGCCAACACACCAAAAGACGGCUUGGUAAAUGAUUUGCUGAUUAGAUUGACGUGUAGCUAAUAUCUAUCUUUUACUAUCUUGAUAUGGUAAAAUUUUGACGAAGCACGCUGUAGCAUGUUGUAGGCAGAAACUUCAUUUUAUUCAUUUGAAGAAUUCAUUUGAAUCGAAAGCCUUCACAAUAUUUACCCCUUUUCCCAAUAGAGAAUCAUUCGAAAAAAUUUUUCUCCGUUUCACAGGGGAGAAAAAAUUCCAAUUUACAUCUUUACAUCAAAACGUCUUAAAAUUACAGUUAAAUGUGAAGCAAGGCACAAGCAACAUGCUACGCUAUUUUAAACCUUUUACAGUAGAUGAUCAAUUGAAGUUGCUAAGAGUAGCAGUAUCGCAGAUUUUCUUAAAAACUUUGAUAUGACUUAUUUUUUAUCAAAGACAACUUUGUAGAAUGCUGGAUCUAGAAUUUAACCGAUUACGUCAUCUUA